UUUACGCUUCUCCUGUCCAGACCCUGCUUCGGUUUUAUUUGAUUUCAGCUGGAAUUUCUGGACGUGCCUGUGAACAAAUACUAGUUUUAUAGCGACGUCGGCUAUAAGGAGGCGUCAGGAGAAAGCAUCGCGUUUGUUUUGGGCAGUAGGUGAGGAUUAUACGCCGUUGUGUGGGGUAACAUGGCGGCGGUGUCGGUGGGGGUGAGCGGGUUGUCCGGACCGGCGGUGGCCCGGCUGGAGGGCCGCGAGUUCGAGUACCUGAUGAAGAAGCGCUCGGUAACGGUGGGCCGGAAUUCCUCUCAGGGCUCCGUGGAUGUGAGCAUGGGCCACUCCAGCUUCAUCUCCCGCAGGCACCUGGAGCUGUUCACGGCCGGAGAGGAGGACGGGGCAGGGGGGGACUUCUACCUGCGCUGCCUCGGGAAGAACGGCGUGUUCGUGGACGGCGUGUUUCUGCGCAGAGGAGCUCCUCCGUUACAGCUGCCCCGAGUGUGCACAUUCCGUUUCCCCAGUACGAGCAUAAAGAUCACCUUCACAGCAUUGGGGCAGGUGAAGAAGGAGCCGAAGGAGGCGGAGUCUCCGGUGAAGGCGGUGCAGCCUCAGAUCUCGCCGCUGUCAAUAAACAUCCCUGAUAACAUCGCUCACCUAAUGAGCCCUCUACCCUCGCCGACUGGGACCAUCAGUGCGGCGAACUCGUGUCCCUCGAGUCCCCGUGGUGCCGGUACUUCGGGUUAUAAACUGGGCCGCUUCGUGUCCUCAGACCUGCUCAACGAUAACUCCCAGUCGGAGAACGAUAAAGAGGCGUCGGGAGGAGACAGUCCCAAAGACGACUCUAAACCUCCGUACUCGUACGCUCAGCUGAUCGUGCAGGCCGUCACACUCGCUCCGGACAAACAGCUCACACUCAACGGCAUCUACACACACAUCACCAAGAACUACCCCUACUACAGGAGUGCAGAUAAGGGCUGGCAGAACUCGAUCAGGCACAACUUGUCUCUGAACCGGUACUUCAUCAAGGUUCCGCGCUCUCAGGAGGAGCCGGGGAAGGGUUCGUUCUGGAGGAUAGACCCGUCCUCGGAGGGGAAACUCGUCGAGCAGGCCUUCAGGAAGCGCAGACCCCGAGGAGUUCCCUGCUUCAGGACCCCGCUCGGACCCCUCUCCUCCAGGAGUGCCCCAGCAUCACCCAGUCAUUCCGGCGUUCUCUCCGCCCACUCCAGCGGCGUCCAGACCCCUGACAGCCUGUCACGAGAGGGCUCACCUGUUCCCUUGGAAACAGACUCCACCCCUGCCCCACCCCCUGUCACCGCUGCUGCCAUACAGCCGAAACUGGCCGUGAUCCAGGAGGCUCACCUGGCAAAGGCCACGCCCGGUUCUCCAGUGAGCAGUGCUCCGGUGUUGAUAGCAGUUCAGAGACCCGUGGUAUUCUCCUCUUCCUCCUCCUCCUCAGCUGCUCCUCAGACUCUGAUGCAGACUCUCCAUGUUCUCCAUCAGAUCCCCAUCAGCGCUGUUAAACCUCCACACACUUCUCAGGAGAACGGAGCGCUGCACUCAGAGGGCAAAGUGAAAGUAGAAGCUGUGCCCACCAUCACCCACACCUCCAUAGGCUCGGCCAGUCGAAUCAUCCAGAGCACCACGGCCACGCCCCUCCAGACGGUUACCAUAGUGCAGCAAGCCCCAUUGGGUCAGCACCAGCUGCCAAUCAAAACCAUCACACAGAACGGCACACGCAUGGUGCCCAUUGCCACGGCCAGCACAGUGUCCAGUCCCCUCCACCUGUUGGCAGCCCACGCAUCCAUCUCUGCUUCUCUGCCCACUAAACGACAGAACGGAGACAUCGAGCAGCCUGAGUGUAAACGACAGAAAAUGGAGGAAAAGCAGCACAGCACCGCCUCUGACCCAAAUGGAACGGCCGCUAUGGACACGCCCGCUGCUGUCAGUCAUGACUAGGCAUCAAUACCAGCCCCGCCCCCUUUCCCAUCAACUCCAUCUCUUGCUGUCUGUCUUCUCCCCCGACCCCAUCUCUCUUUCUCUCUCUCAUAUCAUGUCCGUUAAUGACUGACUGUUCAAUACAAAGCAAAAAAAAACCGCAAAACCAUGCCCAUUUAUAGACUCCGCCCACCAGCCUCUCCAGCUUCCUUAUUUCCUCUUUUACACCAAACCCACAUUUCAUCAUCUCCCAGAAGACUGCAGUGCAUAUUUAUAUAUUUAUACACACACACACACACACACACACACACACACACAACGACUAUAUCUGUGAUCUGAGCUCACUUGUCUGUACUUACUCGUGUGUGCCUCUCUCUCUGUGUGAGUGUGCGAGCGUGCGUGUGUGUGUGUGUGUGUGUGUGUGCGUGCAUGUGAGUGUGGGAGAGCAGCAUCUCCUCCACAUUCCACACCCCGGCAGCUCAUCUGUAAUACAACUCACGAGACACGAUCGACAACCUGACGAAAGAGAGGGGGGUGUGUGUGUGUGUGUUUCGCGUAGUCUAGUUUUAUUCAUCAACUAAAGGGAUCAACAUCUACUGGCAGCUAAGCCCUCAAACACACACACACAGUGAGAUAUGCAGUAUUUUGUCAUGUGGAGCACACUUUUUUGCUUUUUUUUGUUUGUAUUUUGUGGACGUUUACAGUGACAAAUGAAUUUCCAUGGAAUUGUACGUCACACAGACCAGCCGCGGAGGAUAUCGGACUCGCUCGUCUUCAUAUUCGUUUAAGAAACUUUCCAUUUUGUUUCUUUUAAACAAGUUUUUUUCUUUUUUUUCUUUAAGGAAAUAUAUAUAUAUAAAUAUAUAAAUAUCGAAUAAGUGUUCGUUUUCCUCCUGUCGAGUCCUAGCCUCUCUUCUUGCACCCGACUUUUCAUACUUUCAUAUGUAAAAGAUGUGAGAUUGUGAUUUUACAGAAGUCUGAUGCUGCAGCUAAUGUGCUAAUAACAAUAAACACACCUGAGCCGGCAACUGAAGAUAGCAGCUAGCAAAAAAACUCUACGUCUGCAUCUCGUCGUCAUCAUUCCUCCCUGGUCAUGAUGCUUGUCUGUAGCAGGCUCCGAGACACCAUGCUUGGAUUUGAGUCCAUAUAAGGGAUUGAUAUUCAGGAUUUAAGCUCCGCCCAGCAGCCUGCAGGGUUUCCAUCCCUGGAUGGAUGUGGCUUUAGUUGCCUCAGUCAGCGUGCUCCGGUCUAUGCACUGAUUGAUUGAAUGUGUGCCCGAGGAUGCAAGUAUGGAAAAAGAAGAAAAAAAAGAUAGGUGUUUGUUCUGCUUCACUGGGAAAAUGCUUAUUUUUUUCCUCUUUUUUUUUUUAUUAUAAAUUAAUUUAAACCCUUUAACAA